AUGCAGGGAGCCCAGGCACUGCUGCUGCUGCUGGGCCUGAGGCUACAGCUGGCCCAUGGUGUCAUCCCAGUGGAGGAGCAGAAUCCAGCCUUCUGGAACCAGAAAGCCACCGAAGCCCUGGACGCUGCCAAGAAGCUAAAGCCCAUUCAGACCUCAGCCAAGAACCUCAUCAUCUUCCUGGGGGACGGGAUGGGCGUGCCCACAGUGACAGCCACCCGGAUCCUAAAGGGACAGGUGCAAGGCAAGCUGGGGCCUGAGACGCCCCUGGCCAUGGACCACUUCCCAUAUAUGGCUCUGUCUAAGACAUACAGUGUGGACAGACAGGUGCCAGAUAGCGCCAGCACAGCCACGGCCUACCUGUGUGGGGUCAAGGCCAACUACAAGACCAUUGGCUUGAGUGUGGCCGCCCGCUUUGACCAGUGCAACACAACACGAGGCAACGAGGUCAUGUCUGUGAUGUACCGGGCCAAGAAAGCAGGGAAGUCCGUGGGAGUGGUGACCACCACCACGGUGCAGCAUGCCUCGCCAGCUGGCACAUAUGCACACACGGUGAACCGCAACUGGUACUCGGAUGCAGACAUGCCAGCCUCGGCGCUGCAGGAGGGCUGCCAGGACAUCGCCACGCAGCUCGUCUCCAACAUGGACAUUAAUGUGAUCUUGGGUGGGGGCCGAAAAUACAUGUUUCCUAACGGGACCUCAGACCCUGAGUAUCCAGGUGAUGUCAACCAGACUGGAGUUAGGCUGGAUGGCCGGAACCUCGUGCAGGAGUGGCUGCAAAAGCACCAGGGGGCCCGAUAUGUGUGGAACCGCCAGCAGCUCAUUGAGGCAUCCCAGGACCCAUCCGUGACAUAUCUCAUGGGCCUCUUUGAGCCUGUAGACACAAAAUUUGAGAUCUACCGAAACCCGGUUCUGGACCCCUCCCUGAUGGAGAUGACGGAGGCAGCCAUUCRAGUGCUGAGCAGGAACCCYCGCGGCUUCUACCUCUUUGUGGAGGGGGGCCGCAUCGACCGUGGUCCGCAGGCGCACCUGGUGCACGGGGUGCAGGAGCAGAACUACAUCGCGCACGUCAUGGCCUUCGCCGCCUGCCUGGAGCCCUAUGAGGCCUGCGGCCUGGCCUCCCCGACCCUCCAGAGCAUCCCUGCGGGUUCCAGCUCUGCCGCUGCCUCAUUGUCGCUGACGCUGCUGCUUGGGACGCUGCUAUUGCUGCUGGGGGCAGUCGCCCAGCCCUGA